AGAAAUAAACUAAACAAGGCAGCCCCACCAUUUCCCCAGGUUUUCGCUUCCCAAAAAUGAGUACUCGGCACUCCCAAUCCCACUCUCACUCUCACUCUCACUCUCACUCUCACUCUCCCAAAACCCCAACCAAAAUGCUGGACCGAGCACUCUCCUCCCGCCGCACGCAGCCCCACUCCGACUUCGACUUCCCCGCCACCGCCGCCCCCACCGCCGUCUCUUCCGACUUGGAGUCCUCAAGCUUACUCGCCGACGAGUCCAAAACCAAGAAACAACACCUCUAUCUCUUGGCCACUAAUUACAUUUCUCGCUUGGGACUCGUGAAAUCGCCGUGUCUCUGCCUCUCUCUUUGCCUUCUUUUCGUCCUUUUUAUGCUUUUCUCUUUGAUGCUCAACUCUCGGUCCUUCGUUUGCGUUUCCUCUUAUGACCCGAUCUCGCGGGCUAGUUUCUUCGGGCUCGAUGGGCUCGACUCCGAUUUCGGAUCCCUCGGCGUUCCUUGGUGCAGAUCGAAACAUGGAAAAACAGUUGAAUGGACAUCCAAAGAUUUAAUCAAGGGCUUGGAGGAGUUUGUACCAGUAUAUGAAACACGUCCAAUCAAAAACAACAUGUACGGAAUGGGUUUUGACCACAGCUUUGGGCUUUGGUUCAUUGCCCGGUGGCUGAAACCGGAUAUAAUGAUUGAGAGUGGUGCUUUCAAGGGGCAUUCAACGUGGGUUCUGCGGCAAGCAAUGCCUGACAGACCAAUCAUUUCACUCACACCCCGGCAUCCUGAGAAGUAUUUGAAAAAGGGGCCAGCUUAUGUUGAUGGAAAUUGCACAUACUUUGCUGGAAAAGAUUUUGUGGAUUUUGGAAGUGUUGAUUUUGAUAGGGUGCUGAAAAAUCAUGGAAUUUCUGAUUUCAGCCGGGUUCUUGUCUUCUUUGAUGACCAUCAAAAUGAAUUGAAAAGGCUAAAGCAGGCAUUGAAAGCUGGCUUCCACCAUCUUGUUUUUGAAGACAAUUAUGAUACUGGAACCGGAGAUCAUUAUUCAUUGAGGCAGAUAUGUGACCAGUUCUAUAUAAGAGGAGGUGGCCAUAGCUGCUUUAGGGACAGUGAUGAAGCCAGGAUUAGAUCGAAAAGAAAGAAAUUCUGGGAGAAGGCUGUGGAUAUAGAUGAACUUUGUGGGCCACAUGAAGCAUGGUGGGGUGUUAGUGGGGAGAUGCGGGAUAACUUUAACCACAAUAAGACUGCAAUCUCUUAUGGCGAACAUUUCCAAAAUAGCAGGUUUGUUGAAUCGAUUCUUGAUGUCUAUUGGGAGCUACCACCAGCGGCUGGUCCAUCCCUCACCCAUCAAACUCGCUAUGAUCCUGCUCGGGCACCUACUCCUAUUGUUGAAGAUGGCCGGUAUGGCUUGUUUCAGCGGCUCGGUUUAGGCAGGCUUGAGAGAUCUGUAUUUAAUGGAUAUACGCAGAUGGUGUAUCUGCAGAUUUCGAAACCAGAAUCUUGAAAUUUUCCAGGAUCAGAUCUGUUUUAACUUCACUAGAUGACACUCGUGUCCAUAUUUUUUCUUUUCCUCAUAGCAGUUGAGAAUAUUUUCUUGUUAAAUGUUUAGGAUCAUACCUUAUGAUGUGUUUCCAUUGUAAUUUACUGGUGUGACUAUCAAUGUUUUUUUUUUUACUUGUCAUCCAAAAGCACAAUCUAGUAAUCUUCGGAAGAGUUCACUGAUCAUCCAC